AUGGGCUGCAGCUGCAGCAAGCCGGCGGAGCAGGCGGUCUCCCAACCGCGCUGUGAGAGUGGGAGUGCACUGCCAAGAGUGCUCGAUGGAGUCUUGCAGAAAAAAACAGACAAGACGGAACAGAGCCAGCCGAUCAGUCCGCAAACAGAUGAGACAUACAAGGAGGAGGCUGGCACUCAUACUACUUGCAAAACUUCAUGCACGUCACACCCGUCAAACUGCGAGUGCUGUGAGAGCUGGCAGUCGGAUUUACGUCACAUCAGCAAUGAACUGAAGUACAAGCUCCAAGAUCCGCACUUCGUUGCAACGUGCUGCGAUUUGGAUGGCUCGGGAGAUUUGGAUAUGCACGAGCUGAAGCAGGCAGCUGAGGUCUUUGGAGUGAGAAUCAGGUGGAACAAUCCACGAGACCAGGAAAGACUCCAGCAGCUCAUGUCCGCAGAGCUAGGUCAGCUAGGUCAAGAUGAUCACCACCAGCUUCGCAUCAGCGCGCGGCGCUUUGCUGAAAUUGUGGCGGACUUUCCCGGAGCAGAGGACUCUAGAACAGUGCCUCACUCCUUGCGUGGCAUGGCUUUGGGCCAGCUACAGCAUCUCGAGACCUUGUUCGUAAAGUCUCGCUGGCUGCAGACGCACUGCGAAGCCUUCAACCUUGACAACGCGCAAGCCAUUCAGGAGGGAACAAAGUUCAAUCUAAGCCCCAACUUGUACGCUUUGGACACCUUUGUGGUGACUCCAAUGACCACGCCGGGGCAUUGUGCAGCUAGGGAUCAGGAUGCUCAGCAGUCAAUUCCCGCAGCAAGUAAAGCUUCGUCAUUCUCAGAACUUGUGAACACAUGGGGCUUAUUUGUUCACUGCUUCGUGUCCCACUAUUGGGGCCAUGACUUUAGCAGCACCGUCAAAGCUCUGGAUCUGUGGGCAGAUGCGAACUUCAAGAAGAUGCAGUGCCGCCAGCAGCAGUCUGUGGUCUUUUGGAUCUGCUUAUUUGCUUUGAAUCAGCACGAUCUUGCUGAAGAG